UGCAUUUCCCAGAUUCGAUGGGGCCAUGCGCGUCCAAGGACCGUGACUUGGGGCAGUGGGCGACUAACGGAGCCGCCGAAGCCAGUGCCCAUGUCGAUGAAAAGCCCGAGGCUGUGCUUCUCCAGCGCGCAGAGAUUCCGGCCACGUCGGUCGUCGACUUGAGCCCGGCCUUUCCGUCGCUGAUCGCCACGGCCUGGGACGACGGCAGCAUCGUGAUCCUCGACUGGCAGAUGCGCAAAGUGCUUUUGACCUUGUCGGCGCAUGCAAAGGCGGUGAAUCGCCUCUCCUUUGGCCCCAAGACGCGGAGCUUGUAUGCGUGCUCUCGGGACACGACGAUAUCGCAGCACGUCCUUUCCAGCAGUGACGCGCCGACAGCGCCGCAGUCGUUCACUGGUCAUACCUUGUCCGUGAGCGCGCUUGCCAUCAACGCGGCCGAGUCCAACUUGGCCUCGGGUAGCCGCGACACGGGCACAAGUCUGUGGGAUGUUACGACACGAGCCCGCGUACAGCAUACGACGACGUCACAAAACAUUGUGACGUGCAUGACGUGGGUGCCGCAGUGCGAGACACUCUUGGCGCAGGGCGGCGAAGACCUCUGUGUGCGGCUCUGGGACACCCGGAGCUGGAAGUCGCCAGCGCAAACCAUCCAAGGCUACGUGUAUUUCCCGCUCUCGAUUGACGCGAGCGACGACGGCAACUACCUCCUCACGUCGAGCAAAGGCUUCAACGGCGUCGGGUGCGAAGGACGCGUCUGGGACCGACGAACCGGCAAGCUCGUGACCGAGAUGCAUGGGCAUCUCCAAGACGCCAGCGCAUGCGCCUACAUGCGCCACAAGAAUGCCUACGCCGUCACAGCCUCCAAAGACAGCUCGCUUCGUAUCUGGAACAGCGCCAGCGGCGAGCUUAUCACCUCGUCGUUUGACCAUAGCUCUGGAAUGUUCACUAGCGUUGCGUGUCGGUCAGUAGAGACAAGCGACGAGGUUACGGUCUUUACGACCUCGUUUGCAGGCCAUGUAUCCGCGUACACAUUUAACACCGCGACGCUCGCCAUCGAUGUGGCAGUCGACGACUAAAACUGCUAAUAGUGUUACCGCUUCUUGA